CGUGUUGUCUAACAAGGAACACCAGGCGAGGAGAAACCGAGGAGGCGAGGCGACGCUCGGAGGAUCUGUGUCUCCCUGACCAUGGCUUCUUCCACCUCCGUCUACUCGUCUCUUCCUCGCAUUCGAUCCUCGCAUCCCUCCAAACCCCACCGCCUCCGCCUCCUCCUCCCCUCCCUCCCUCUUCUCGCCUCCCCCUCUCGGGUCCGGUCGCCGAUCCGGGCCUCCCGGAGGCUCUCCGGCUACCCCCAGGAGUCGGUUGUCGUGGUCCCCGAUCCUCGCGCGUGGGUCGGUGAUCUCCGCAGCGAAGGCGGUGACUAUGAGGACGACGAGGAGGAGGAGGACGACGACGACGACCGGAGCCUCGAUCUCCUUGUGCGCUUCCUCCACAACGUCUUCCGCAAGACCUCGCGGCGCGCGCGCAGGGCCGUCCGAUCCGUUCUGCCCCCUUCGAUCCCCACUAAAUUGGUGGGAUUUUCGGUGAAUGGGGUUUUAAUUCUGGCUUUGUUAUGGAUUUUUAAGGCAUUUCUUGAGGUGGUAUGCACGCUUGGGAGCAUGGUAUUUGUAAGCAUCUUGCUUGUCCGUGGAGUAUGGUCUGGCGUGUCCUACAUAAGAGAGAACCAGUAUAGCUUCAUGAACAGGAUUGACAGUGAUGACAGCAGAUGGAGUGGUGCACAGGCAGCCACUUGAUUGUUUGUUUGCCCCAUCUUCUGGGUAUAGGGACCUGAAGAGAAGCUUGCCAUCAGAAUAUAACCAAAAGUCUCAUGCAUCCAGAUAUUGAGAUGAAAUAGAAAACAAUGAACUGCCGGUGGAAUGAUCUCAGGGGUAUCAGCAUCAACAACUAAAAUUUGGUGAUAUUAUUUUGAAGGAGUAAUAAUUCAUACAAAUAUACACUACCAAGAAAAAGAUCAUGUGUUUUACAAGUUAAAAUUCAGGGAGCCCUUUUGGGAUCUCAGACAGUAUGUUGUCUCACCAUGGUAUUCCUUUCCAGGACAGCGCUGUGCAUAUGGGAUUCGAGUUAUGGACAGUAAAACCAUAGGAAUUUGCUAUGAUGACAGCUGCUGCUGCAUAUAUCUUUGGGAUAAUUUGUAAUUUUGUAUUCCUUUUCAGAUCCUGUCAAGUUAUGUGUGGUGAUAUAAGCCAAGGGCGAUGAAGCUAGCGCAUGCGCACCUAGGAACCAUGUAUGCAACGAUUUAAGUUAUGUACCCAAAUAUUUUAAUCUACAAUUAUUAACUGUUUAGUCGCCGGGGGGGCGGGGGGGUAACAGUUUUCCCAACAAUAAGCUAUUUUCUGCAUUUCAAAUCAUUUGCCUUGAAAGCAAAUUGAUGUCAUUCAGUAUCUUGGAUGAUUGCUGUUUAGUUUCCUGUUGACAAGGGGUGGGAAACUGCUCAUUGUCAUAACUAGUUCAUAUGUUUUACUGAUAAACCUAUAUGGUGAGUCAUGGUGAUAAGUAUGUCUUUUUUGAAAUUUAUGGUGGUAAGUGUGUCAGAUGGUGCUGAGACAUUUUUUAGAGAAAGUUGUUGGUGGUGUUCAGAAUCUUAUGUGCAGAUUUAUGACAA